GGCGGUGCGUGCGCGCGCACGCGUGGGGCCCCGGUAGCGGCGGCGGCGGCGGUGGCAACAACAGGAGGGAGAGGGCGGGAAGGGAAAUGGAUGAACCGGACGCUGGGAAACGACGGGAAGGCGUUUAGUGGGGGGGGCGGAAAAAAAGGGGUUUAAAACAAGCCAAGACGGGACUCACGGCCGCGGAGAGUUCGAAGUUCGGAGGUUAAAGAGGAGCCGCUUCCCGUCGGUGAGCUGGAUCCCUUGCCGAAGCGUCGCCCAUGCCGGAGUUCCCCGAUCCCCUGACGUACCCCGGGAUGGCAGCGAGGUGACGGCCGCCGAGGAUGACCCUGACUGAAAGGCUGCGCGAGAGGAUAUCGCGGGCGUUCUACAACCACGGGCUGCUCUGCGCUUCCUACCCCAUCCCCAUCAUCCUCUUCACUGGGCUCUGCAUCCUGGCCUGCUGUUACCCUCUGCUGAAGCUGCCGCUGCCGGGCACGGGCCCCGUGGAGUACAGCACCCCGGUGAAGGAUUAUUCUCCGCCGUCUCCAGCCGCGGGUUUGCAGCAAGGGGAUCUCGGCGAGCGUCCCGACUGGUACGUCGGCGCUCCCGUGGCCUACAUCCAGCAGAUCUUUGUGAAAGCCACCGUCUCCCCGUGGCAGAAGAACUUCCUCGCUGUCGAUGUGUUUCGUUCGCCGCUGUCCCGCGUCUUCCAGCUGGUGGAGGAGAUUAGAAACCAUGCCCUGAGAGACAGUUCUGGUGUCAAAAGCUUGGAGGAAGUUUGCCUUCAGGUCACGGACCUCCUGCCUGGCCUGAAGAAGCUGCGCAAUCUGCUCCCCGAACACGGCUGUCUGUUACUGUCUCCAGGGAACUUCUGGCAGAAUGACCGCGAGCGAUUCAAUGCCGACCCAGAUAUCAUCAAAACCAUCCACCAGCAUGAGCCAAAGACCUUACAGACAUCGGCCACUCUCAAAGAUCUGUUGUUUGGGCUCCCUGGGAAGUACAGCGGGGUGAACCUCUAUAAUAGGAAGCGAGUGGUAUCGUACACCGUCACGCUGGGUCUCCGGCAGUAUGAUUCCAGGUUCCUCAGCAGCCUCCGCUCUCGCCUCAAGCUGCUGCACCCCAGCCCCAACUGCACGCUGCGCGAGGAGAACAUCGUUCACGUCCACUUCAAGGAGGAGAUCGGCAUUGCCGAGCUGAUACCCCUCGUCACCACCUAUAUUAUACUCUUCGCCUACAUCUACUUCUCCACACGGAAGAUCGACAUGGUGAAGUCCAAGUGGGGCCUGGCGCUGGCGGCGGUGGUGACGGUGCUCAGCUCCCUGCUCAUGUCCGUGGGGCUGUGCACGCUCUUCGGUUUGACCCCCACUCUCAAUGGAGGAGAGAUAUUUCCGUACUUGGUUGUGGUGAUUGGCCUGGAGAACGUGUUGGUUCUCACCAAGUCCGUCGUCUCUACGCCCGUGGACCUGGAAGUGAAGCUCCGCAUCGCCCAGGGUUUGAGCAACGAGAGCUGGUCGAUUAUGAAGAACAUGGCGACAGAGCUUGGGAUCAUCCUGAUCGGGUAUUUCACCCUCGUCCCUGCCAUCCAGGAGUUCUGCCUCUUCGCUGUGGUCGGCCUGGUGUCCGACUUCUUCCUGCAGAUGUUUUUCUUCACGACCGUGCUGUCCAUCGACAUUCGCCGGAUGGAGCUGGCGGAUCUGAACAGGCGGCUGCCGGCCGAAGCCUGCAUGCCCCCGGCAAAGCCCGUCAGCCGCGCGCAGCGCUACGAGCGCCAGCCGGCCAUGCGACCUGCCACCCCGCACACCAUCACCCUCCAGCCCUCGUCCUUCAGGAACCUGCGCCUGCCCAAGAGGCUGCGCGUGAUUUACUUCUUCGCCAGGACCCGGCUGGCCCAGAGACUCAUCAUGGCUGGGACGGUGAUCUGGAUCGGAAUCCUGGUUUACACGGAUCCCGCGGGUCUCCGCACCUACCUUACGUCCCAGGUCACCGAACAGAGUCCUUUGGGUGAAGCGGUUCUGCCUCCUAUGCCCGUUCCUGGAGGGGUCCUGCCUGCUGGUGACCCCAAGAUCGAUCUCUCUGUCUUCCCGUCGGACCCCAUACAGCUGUCAGAAAACCAGACGCAGCAGCGUGAGCAGAAGUUAGGGCUGGAGACAAACCAGCACUCGUGGGCGCAGGGGCCGGAGGGCAAAGGGAACGGACAGACGGAGCUUGGAACCGAAGCAGAGGUUACCUGGGGAGCAGAGGAUGAGGAGAUUUGGAGGAAACUUUCCUUCAGACACUGGCCGUCCCUCUUCGGCUACUACAACAUCACUCUGGCCAAAAGAUAUAUCAGCAUCCUGCCGGCCAUCCCCGUCACACUCUACCUGAACCCGCAAGAGGCCUUAGAAGUGCGGCAUCCCCAGGAGGUGAACCGCUACCAGCCCUUCUUGUCGCCGAGCCGCGGGAAGCUGGACGCUGAAGCUCAGCCUGGCCAAACCUCCUCCAAGCUGCAAAGACACCAGGAUGUCACCCUCUACAAGGUGGCUGCUCUGGGUCUGGCCUCGGGCAUCAUCCUGGUCCUGCUGCUCUUCUGCCUGUACCGGGUGUUCUGCCCCAAGAACUACGGGCAGAACGGGCUCUCGCACAGCCGGAGGAAACGGGGGGACCUGCCCUGUGACGACUAUGGCUACUCCCCCCCCGAGACCGAGAUUGUCCCCCUGGUUCUCAGGGGUCACCUAAUGGACAUCGAGUGUCUGGCCAGCGACGGGAUGCUGCUGGUGAGCUGCUGCCUGGUGGGGCAGAUCCGUGUGUGGGACGCUCAGACCGGCGACUGCCUCACCGUUAUUCCCAAACCGCGGUUGCGAAGAGACAGCAGUGGCAUUUUUGAUUACCAGGAAAGCUGGGAUCACAGCCCAGACGGCAAGAACGCUCUGGACGACCCCUUGGAGAACAGUCACCAGCUCAAGAGGAUGCUCAGCCCUCCCCAACCUCCCCUUUUCUGCGACCAGCCGGACCUCACCUCUCUCAUCGACACCAACUUCUCCGAGCAGGCCAAGGUGGCCGAGUCGGAGACGCGGCUCCGUUCUGUGGCCGGUCGCCAGAGGGAGGCAGGCUACGAUUUCAGCAGCCUGGUUGGGAAAGUGUACGAAGAACACGGAACCUCCAACUGCCGGAGCUUCGCCAGCCUCUCGGCCUCGCACAGACAGGCCGGGUUCUGCGGCGCCGAGGAGGGAGGAUGCGCCAGCCGCAGGAGGAGCUUGGGGGACGAAUCUUUGAUGGGGUUUGACAAAUCCUCAUCGCUCCCUUCCUGGGGAGGAGACCUGGAGAGCUCGGUCUGGAGCCUGGAGCUGCAGGGGAACCUGAUCGUGGCCGGCCGGAGUAACGGGAGGCUGGAGGUGUGGGACGCGAUCGAGGGGACCCUCCGCAGCAGUAACGACGAAGGUCAAUCUGGCAUCACAGCGCUCGUCUUCCUGAACAACAGGAUCGUCGCUGCCCGUUUGAACGGCUCUUUAGAUUUCUUUUCGCUGGAGACACACACAUCCUUGAACCACCUGCAGUUCCGAGGAGCCCCAAGCAGGAGCAGCAUCCCCUCCUCCCCGGUGGUCAGCAGCGGCGACGUCGUGUCUUGCCAGCUCACCCACACCGUGUCCUGUGCCCACCAGAAGCCCAUCACGGCGCUGAAGGCUGCGGCGGGACGGCUGGUCACCGGCAGCCAGGACCACACGCUGCGGGUGUUCCGGCUGGAGGACUCGUGCUGCUUGUUCACGCUGCAGGGUCACUCGGGAGCCAUCACGGCCGUCUACAUGGAUCAGACGAUGGUGCUGGCGAGCGGUGGGCAGGAUGGUGCCAUCUGCCUCUGGGACGUGCUGACGGGGAGCAAGGUGAGCCACAUGUACGCCCACCGCGGGGACGUCACCUCCCUCACCUGCACGGCCUCCUGCGUCAUCAGCAGCGGCUUGGACGACGUGAUCAGCAUCUGGGACCGCAGCUCGGGGAUCAAGCUCUAUUCCAUCCAGCAGGAACUGGGCUGUGGCGCCAGCCUGGGCGUCAUCUCCGACAACCUGCUGGUGACAGGCGGCCAGGGCUGCGUCUCCUUCUGGGACAUCGGCUACGGCGACCUGCUCCAGACCGUCUACCUGGGCAAGAGCAACGAGUCGCAGCCGGCGCGGCAGAUCCUGGUGCUGGAGAAUGCAGCCAUCGUCUGCAACUUCGGCAGCGAGCUCAGCCUGGUCUACGUGCCCUCGGUGCUGGAGAAGCUGGACUGAGGCGCAGGGGCUGAGCCGGGGGGACGGGGACACUCGGGACCCUCCCGGAGCCGUGGGCAGGUGAGGGGUUGGCGCUGGGCAGCUGCUGCCGCAGGUGAGGGGACGCCGGCUCUGUCACCCUGUCCCUGCCGCUGUCACCCUCCCUCCUCGUGACCUAGACUCGUGUCACCCUGUGCACUGCAGCGUUCUCCUCAUCUCCCCGUUUCCUCAUCUCCCCGUUUCCAGCAUCUUUCCCUGGGGCUCCCCAGCCGUGUGAUGGUCCCGGGGCUGGUGCCCUGUGAAAGCUUAGCUAAGCCAGGCCCAGCAAGUUCCAGCUCAUUCCCAGCCCUUGAUGCAGGGGCAGCUCCCAGCGCACAGAGAUCAUCCAGGAGCAGCUGCGAGUGUCAGCCCCAGCCCCGAGAGGAGCUGCAGGGGCUGCAGCCCUCAGGGAGCCCCCAAAAACAGGGGGGACAGGGCUGAGCCCCCCAUGGCACUUGGCCUCCGUGUGCCUUAGGGUGCGGGCAGAGCCCCAACGCGCCUGUCCCUGGGCUGGCGCUGUCCCCACGGGCUCCUGCCCUAUUUAUUUAUGUGCUGUAUAUAGUUAUUUAUUGGGGAGGGUGGGAGUGGCAGCUCUGGCCGCUCCAGUGCCGGCCCGGACCCCCCGGCCACCCCCUUUGCAGCAAUAGCACCUUCCUCCUCCUCCUCCCGCUGCGGGGCCAGAGGAGGUCGCCUCAGGUUGGGAGCAGCCCCUGCACCCCCCACCCUACAGGAAAAGGGGAGAAAGUCCCUUGGGCGGCCGGGGGGACACAGUCCAGGGGCUCCCACCCUGCCUGGGAGUGCAGCCGAGGCCGAACCCCCCCGUGCUCGCGUCCCUCGAGGAAACACCGAUAACGUCUGUUCAUCCAAUCCUGGUGAUUGUAGAGGCCCCGGGAGCCCAGGGACCGAAACCGGGGUGCACCCCAGGGAGCUGGGGGGGCAGCCCCGAUCCCGGCCCCCCCCGGGUCCCUCCGCCUCGGGUGGCCUUAGCCCAGCUGUACCCCCGUGCGGUACAGGGGACGCUUUUUGUACCAGAUCGUGUUUUAUAAUGAGUACGAGGAUACCGCCAUUAAACAGAACUAACCCCA